UAUAUAUUUACUUUUUAAUGUGCUAUUGUAGUGAAGGUGGAUGCUCGACCUUCAAAUCCGUUUUUAACCGGUCGUUUCAUUAACUUGCCGUGGUCUAGUCAAUGUAUUUGAAUGAGGCUGACGGAGCGUGCAGCUCGAGCUGUGUGUUUUGCAGCUCAUUGAACAGGUUUUUUUUCGCACGGUAGAUGAAAUCCAGGUAGAUGAUGUGGUCGGUAAUCCUUUGAGGUCUGAUGUUCGCCUCAUUAAUGCCAUCGUGUUAUCUUUUUUAUCACACCCGGUCAACACCGACUGCUGGCGGGAGCGACGCUGCUAACGAGCCGCGUGCGCUGCGAGCGCGGGGUGUCAAUUGUAAAUAAUGCAGCGUUGAUUCCUUUCUCUCUUUUUUUAUUGACGAUAAUGUCUCGUCUCGUAGUUCGGUCGCGUCGCUUGCGGUGUGGAUGGGGUGUCAUGGAUACAAAUGCAUGCCGCGUGUCCACGUUUUCCUGAGCGUUUGGGACUAAACGGGUUUUGCUCCCAGACCGAGAAGAAAGAUGACACGAAGCGAGUUGAUUUGCUCGACAGACACGUGCGUCGAGUCGGUGCGUGACAUGAACGCGUCUGCAAAGGCAUUCGACGUGGGUCUUUGCCAUUGCACUACAAUGACUACUGUAGCUGUAGCUUUCCUGCAGUGAGCAUUCUGAGGUUAUGCUGCCCGAAAGUUCCCAGUUGAGUCUGAGUGAAAGAGAAAAGGGCUAAAGCCAGCGCACUUUACAGAACCACCCAGAAACCUGACCAUAAGCAAUGAGUGACCCUCAGGAUGCCAGUGACGUCACUUCAGCUGCAGGCUUGACCAGGCAUUUGCCUGUUGCAGUGCAUUCUCCGCCCCAGCGAUGUGAUGAUGAUGAUGAAGGGGACCUGAACAAAACACUGGGAGUGCAGCGCUUCCAGCAGAUCCUCACACCCCCCCAGCGUGUGCCCAUCGAACAACACCGCACCUUUAAUGAGGAGGACUUUGAGUAUCACCGUCACACCUCUCUACACAUUCACCACCCUCUGUCUAAACACAUCCCAGAGGGCCGGAGGAAAAAGCCCGGAAGAAAGCGGAAGGACUCGGGGCGGAGGAGGAGUUCAUCCAUGGGAUCAGCUCCCCCGAUAGAUGAAGAUGAAGAGGAUGAAGAGGUGGAUGAAGAUUCCUGUAGCCAGCAGGAUAAAGAGGGCAAUGUCACCACCACACCUACACCAGAAACAGACACAGAGGUGGACGCACAGUUCUUUGUGUCAGAAGAUGAUCCUGACUCCACUGUAAAGAAGAACGGUAAAGCCUCACCCCAACGAAAGCUGCCAAUCAUACCCCAUUCGAUGCUUCACACCAGUAUCAGCAUCCCAGAAAAUGUUACAACAACUGUCGGCAGAAAUUGGGUUCGUAAUCUGCCCAAUGGCAGACGGGUUUCUGCACCAUGUUUGUUUCCAAGUUUGAAUUCUGGCCGCAGCUAUGAUCUGCAGGAGCGCCGCCGGACUGGCAACAUGACGGGCACUUCACUAGAACACUACCAAUACAUGCCCACUGAUGAGAGCGAGGCACAGACGCUCGCCACCGUUGACCUGGAUGGAAUUAAAAGUCACAGGUUUGAAGAUGUCCCUGGUGUCCGGCGGCACCUGGUUAAGAAGAGCGCCAAAGGUCAAGUGGUUCACAUCGGCAAGGACCACAAAGAACCCAGCAGUCGUAUCCGGACCAAGUUGGAUCGAACCCCACAUGAGAGGAGAUCAUGGCCCUGUUACAUGGACUAUAGGGUUCAUCAUGCCCAACAGCUGAAGGUUUUUGUUGAACUGAAUGAGUUACUGAUGGAUAAGAACCAGGAGAUGCACUGGAAGGAAACAGCUCGUUGGAUAAAGUUUGAGGAGGAUGUGGAGGAAGAAACAGAGCGCUGGGGCAAACCCCAUGUAGCUUCACUCUCAUUCCGCAGCCUGCUGGAGCUCCGCAAGACCAUUUCACAUGGUGCGGUGUUGUUGGAUCUGGACCAGAAGACACUGCCUGGUAUUGCUCAUCAGGUUGUGGAGCAGAUGAUUAUCUCAGAUCAAAUCAGAGCACAGGACAGAGCCAAUGUGCUCCGAGCCCUGCUCCUCAAACACAGUCAUCCGAGUGAUGGCAAGGAGCACAGCUUAUUUAAACGGAACAUCUCAGCAACCAGCCUUGGCUCUCUCAUAUCACAUUACCAUAGCAGUAACCAUAUCGCCGCACCAGAGCCCCCUGCCACAGACCCGCUCAUCGGGGGACUGCGUAACUUUGAGUCACGCAUUAGUGUAGACUCAGAUAGGAACGAGAAAGACAUGCCCCAGUUUUUUGGUUUGCACAAGACCAAAUCCAAACAUGAGCUGAAGCUGCUUGAGAAGAUCCCAGAGGAUGCAGAAGCAACCGUUGUCCUUGUGGGUAGUGUGGAUUUCCUGGACCAACCCACCAUGGCCUUUGUGAGGCUGCAGGAAGCGGUUCUCUUAGAGUCGGUUCUAGAAGUGCCGAUUCCAGUGCGGUUUCUUUUCGUGUUGCUCGGCCCACCCAGUGCCAACAUUGACUACCAUCAAAUCGGCCGCUCCAUAUCAACACUUAUGUCUGAUAAACACUUCCAUGAAGCGGCGUAUUUAGCAGAUGAGCGGCAGGACCUGCUGACAGCCAUCAACAGCUUCCUGGACUGCAGCAUUGUGCUUCCUCCAUCUGAGGUCGGAGGAGAUGAGCUGCUGCAUUCUAUCGCUCGCUUCCAGAGAGAGAUGCUGCACAAGAGACAUGAACAAGUAGUCAAACUACAGGCCAAGGAGCCCAAGAGCCCCGAGGACAUUGCACUUCAUCCUCCUCUGAAACCUGAAGACGAUCCUCUUCGGAGGACGGGUCGGCUGUUUGGCGGGGUUAUCCGAGAUGCACGGCGCCGCUACCCCAAAUACAUCAGUGAUUUUAAAGAUGCCCUAAGUCCUCAAUGCAUGGCCACGGUCAUAUUCAUUUACUUUGCCGCCCUUUCUCCUGCCAUCACCUUUGGAGGACUAUUGGGUGAAAAGACAGAUGGUUUGAUAGGUGUGUCAGAGCUGAUCAUUUCCACUGCUGUGCAGGGAAUGUUGUUCUGUCUGCUUGGGGCUCAACCUCUGCUGGUGGUGGGAUUCUCUGGACCCCUUCUAGUGUUUGAAGAGUCCUUUUAUUCAUUCUGUAGGGCCAAUGAAAUGGAGUAUCUGACAGGACGUUUGUGGAUUGGAAUCUGGUUGAUCAUUAUUGUAGUCCUCACAGUGGCCUUUGAAGGGAGCUUUCUGGUGCGAUUUGUGUCACGCUUCACCCAAGAGAUCUUCUCCUUCCUUAUCUCUCUCAUCUUCAUCUACGAGACCUUCUUCAAGCUUGGCAAAAUCUUCAUGGAUCAUCCUCUCAGAAGCUGCAGUGGGCAGGAAGAAAAUGACACUGCUAUACCAACACCUGUGAGUGACGACAGGUCUUUAGAUGCCUCUCAAAACCUAAACCAGCCAAACACAGCUCUCCUCUCCCUGGUGCUCACAACCGGCACCUUCUUCAUUGCCUUCUAUCUGCGUAAAUUCAAGAACAGCGCUUUUUUCCCUGGAAAGCUCCGAAGGGCUAUUGGAGAUUUUGGAGUUCCUAUUGCAAUCUCCACCAUGGUUCUGUUGGACUACAGCAUUAAGGACACUUACACACAGAAACUAAGUGUGCCUGAUGGCUUCUCUGUGACCAGCCCGGACAAGCGUGGUUGGUUAAUACACCCUCUAGGCUCUGAUGGCCAGUUUCCCAUUUGGAUGAUGGUUGCCAGCAUUCUACCUGCCCUGCUCGUCUACAUCCUCAUUUUCAUGGAGACUCAAAUCACCACUCUUAUUGUGAGCAAGAAGGACAGGAUGCUGGUUAAGGGUUCAGGGUUUCACUUGGACCUGCUGAUUAUCGUGGUCGCAGGAGGUGUUUCAGCGCUGUUUGGGCUGCCAUGGUUGACCGGUGCUACUGUUCGUUCUGUAACUCAUGCAAAUAGCCUCACUGUGAUGAGCAAAGCCGUUGCGCCUGGUGACAAACCACGCAUUCAGGAAGUGAAAGAGCAGAGAGUAACAGGAUUUUUGGUGGCUCUUCUAGUAGGUCUCUCCAUUGUGAUUGGAGAUGUUUUGCGUCAGGUUCCUAUCGCUGUGUUGUUUGGUAUAUUCCUCUAUAUGGGAGUGAUGUCUCUCAAUGGGAUCCAGCUAACAGAACGCAUGAUGCUGCUAUUUAUGCCACCGAAGUACCAUCCUGAUCACACCUAUGUCCGCAAGGUGCGUACUCUACGCAUGCAUCUGUUCACAUGUUUGCAGCUGGUGUGCCUGGCUGUGCUUUGGGCUGUAAUGUCAACCUCGGCCUCGUUAGCCUUCCCGUUUGUUCUUGUCCUCACCGUGCCAUUCAGAAGGUUCCUGCUAUCCCGAAUAUUUACUCAACGUGAGAUACAAUGCCUCGAUGCAGAUGAUGCAGAGCCGUUGUUGGAUGACAAAGAAGGCCAAGAUGAAUAUACAGAGAUGCAAAUGCCAGUAUGACCUCAUUCCUCACCUGUCACUUCCUGGGCUGGCCUGGCUUUCUUUUUAGUCAGGGAUGUCCAGAUGUACUGCCUGUUUUUAUUUUUAUUAAUCAGUUUUUAUCUCUUAUCUUGUUUCCCUAUUUUGUUUUCGCUUAAAUUAUGUAAACAUUAUAUUUAUACAUAUGUAAAAGUGUUAAGAGGUUGCUCAAUGUCACUUGAGCAACUGUGUAUCUGUUGCGAGAAAAAAAAAAUCUUUGUCGCCGUUUUUAUUUAUCUUGUUGAAAUGUUAUUAUGUUAUGUGUGUGUUUUGGAGGGUUAAAUGAAUUUAUGAUAUCCAGUCAGCUCAAAAAUGAUACAGGAAGCACUUUAAGGUAACUUUAAAAUGAAGCCUUUUCUACUUAUCAGUUUGUUUUAUUUCAUUGCAAGGUGGCAUACAGUAUACUCCUAAAAUGAACAACUGUACAGAAUGACAAUAACUGAGAUUAUAUAUGGUUGAUAUUUUUGUAGCUAAACAAAAACGAUACACAGAUGUAUGCUAUAUUCAGCUCAUAUCGCCUACAGCAACAAGUUUAUUUUGAAGAAAAAAACAUAUACUGAUCUAUGAAUAUGUUCUUGAAUGUUUUGAAAGUAUUUUUCUCACCAGAGCACCAAGGAGGCCUGUGUGUUUAUAUAACAUGGACACUAAGAGAAUCAUAGAGGUAGUCUUACAAUAAUACAUAAAUAUACAGGGUCAUUAGAUUAUAAUGGAUUUAAUUUACCUACCUUUUUCUGAGUGAAAAAUUAAAGAGAGAGAAAAGUAAUUUUAAAAUGUUUUAUGGAGUUCAACAGUUAUGAUGAAUAAUGUUAUGAUUAAAUAUCACCAAACACACAAAAUGGUUUGAUUGUUUAAUGCACUACUGUUUAUUUUUAUUAACAAAUUUCAUAGGUGACUAUUUGUCUAUUGAGGUACGUAAUAAUUUGUUAAAGCAAAAAAACAAACAAACAAACAAGCGUAGAUUUGGUAUAAUGCUGUAAUCCAUUUUUUUAAAUGUCUCAUGUACAUUCCAAUCAAAAAGAUGAUCUUGCAAAUAAUUAUUUUUUUAAAAAAAGGGACAACCUCUUAAAUGUUAUUUCAUCUGUUGUGUGUGCGUAAGGUCAAAAUAUGUAUUUCCCCCUGCAAAAACUGAGUUCAUUUUACUGUUUUCAUUACGAUCUCACAUUGUAGUAGUGCCUUUCUUCAGAUAUUAUGUUGCUUCACAAAGUUGAAAAAAGUGACCUUAGCAAGUGAAGAUAGCAAGUAUGAAAGAGAAAGCUGUUCAGUAGAUUUAUUUGAUUAACGUUUCACUGUAGAACGCCAGUCUUUGUUUUAGCUUUGUAAAUAUUCGGAGUACAAGCUCAAACCUAAUAAAAUAAUGGAACUGAUUUAA